GCAAAUCGUGCACGCGAAACUAAACAAAAAGUCCACAGGUAGUGUUGUAGUGAAUAAUAAAGUGAAGCGGUUAUCGCGGGUGUAAGCGCUGGGGCAGGCUGGGUUCACUCAGCACCGGGUCUUCAGCAAAAGGGCAGAAACCUGUUCGGGACAGAGGAAAAGAACGAGUGAAGUUAUGCUUUUUCAGCGGUCAACAGUGAAGUGAGCGCCUGGUCUGGGAGGAAGAGCGAGCGUUUUGGAGGUGGUUUAUUUGAAGGAGGUUUUGUUUCUGGUGUCCGGGAGAAUGAAGGAGGAAAGAGAAGGUGCGAGUGUGCAGGAGGGGCGCACACAGCCGGGCUCUGCGGCUGGAGAGAGAGCCGAGUCCUGUGCGGUUUGUACAAUAAAACUGAGCUCCAGCACGGAGCCCAAACUUCUCCCGUGUCUCCACAUGAUGUGUAAAGGCUGUGUUCUGAACACCUCUGAGGACAAACACUCCACAGAAUGCCCAAUGUGUGGGCAGGCUUUCAACCUGUCUGAAGUUACAGAUUGCUUCAUUUUUGAGGACUCUGCCCCAAAGUGUGGAGGAUGUGACGACGCUGCCCUUAGUGGAUGGUGUAAGGAGUGCGAGGAAGCUCUGUGUUCAGAUUGUGUAUCAGCUCAUCAGCGAGUGAAGGUGACGCGCAACCAUACAGUCAUACCACAGGAGUCUCAAUCAGGCUCGAGUACAAGCUUGCGCUGUACUUCACACAAACGGGAGCGACUCAAGUUCUUCUGUGUCACCUGUGAACAGCUCACCUGUAGAGACUGUCAACUGAUUGACCACAGAAACCACAGUUUUUUAUUGCUGGAGGAAGCAGUGGUUUCUCAGAAAGACCAGCUAAUGAAGCUGCUCGACAGCAUCAGAGAACAGAAACACGGUGUGAAGGCUGGGCUUCAGGAUCUGGAUGAAAGACUGAACGACUUAAAGGAAUUAAAAGCAUUGUCAAAGAAGCAACUGCAUAAUGCCGUCCGCUCCGUGUACUUCUCUUUGGUGUUCCAGUGUCGUCAACUGUCUAAGGAACUGGAGGGUUUGUGUGAUGAAGAAGAGAAGAGUCUGAAGGUGAUGAAGGCAAAUCUGAAAAAGCUGGAGUAUAGGCAAGAGUACAUCACUGCCUUCAUUCAUAAAAUACUGAGCACUGAGGGACAGUGUAUCCUGCAGCACAAGACCCAAAUUGAGAAAUGGGCACAGAGGGUUCUGUCACAGAAGAAACCGCUACCUGACACUGUGAUUCAGCUUUCGCUCUCUCUCAAUGAAGACGUGUGCCAUGUUGUUAAGAAAUUUGCCUACUUCAAGGUGACCAGAGUUCCUCUCUCUGCCAAAGGAAAAUACAAUAAUGGCAAUCAACCUAAAAAUACACCAGAAGAAGCGGUCAGAUACCCCUCAGGAUUAAAUUCAGGAUCUAGUGCAACUCUGUCAGUGUCUGACACUACAUGCAUUCAGGCUACAACUGAUUCCACGUCCCAGUCUGCAUCUGACCUUCCUCAGUGUAGACAAUCCAAGCCAGCCUCAUCAAAACCAGUGCAACCCACCCAGGGCUUAACACACAGUACAAGCCAUGCUAAUUCUUCCUCUGUCUCCCAUAACGUUGAUCCCCUCCAAACCACACAGAGCAGCACGGUUCAGGUGGGCCAGCAUCAGUCACAGCAGGUCUUCAGAAAUCUGUCACACCAUUUUCGGUCAUCUCUUACUGCGCUCCUUCAGUCCAGCUCUUCUGUUUCUGGCCUGAGAGCUUUAAAUAUUAUUCCCUCAAAACUUCCUCAACGUGCCAUUUUAAUGCCUCAGCUUGCAUUACCGCAGUCUCAGUCUGGUGUUAUCCGUGCUUCAGCGCCUCCUCCAGUCUUUGCUUCCUGUUCCCCUGUAGCCCAACCCUCUGUCUCGGUUCACACAGCCUCAUUCCAGUCGUCGUCUUCGAAUACCUUAACCAACACCCAGUCUCACACGCCCACCAGUAAACGAUCUGUUCUCUUUCUUCUCACCUCAGCUCCUUUUGCUCAGUCUAGUCAGGCCAUAUCUAAUCCUCACCCAUCUACUGUGAAUUCCUCAUCUAACCAUGCGCAACAAAGCUUUCCUCAGUCUCUGGUAGGUUCUGGUCAGUGUUUUCAAUCUCCGACUGCUUCUGCUAACAAAUCCCUGCCUUCCUCUCAGGCUGUCUCUGACACUCAGUCUGCCAGUCUGCAGCCCACUCAGUCUGCCAGUCUGCAGCCCACUCAGUCUGCCAGUCUGCAGCCCACUCAGUCUGCCAGUCUGCAGCCCACUCAGUCUGCCAGUCUGCAGCCCACUCAGUCUGCCAGUCUGCAGCCCACUCAGUCUGCCAGUCUGCAGCCCACUCAGUCUGCCAGUCUGCAGCCCACUCAGUCUGCCAGUCUGCAGCCCACUCAGUCUGCCAGCACUCAAUCUAGUAAUUUACAGGUCACUCUACUCAAUGUACCAAACAACCCUGCUUCUCUCAAUUCUGGACCAGCAUGGAAAGUCUACAAUUGCGCUCCUGUCUUGACCGUAAAAAAGGGCACCACUCUGUCCCAUGUACUACAGUCAACAGACCACACCUGGAAGAGUCAAAGGAAAUCAUCUCACCCCACGCCAGGUAACGCGUUUGUUCCCCUGGCUUCCAAGUUCAGCGUUCCACCAGCUAACAGUUAUAAAGAACUGGAUCCCCCAGUGUCCAUCAUGCCUCCAAUCCCUACUGCUCCACUUCCCAAUGUUUAUAGUAACGCAGGUCAAAUAGAGCGCGUCACUCAGACGAUCCUGAUGCCAAGCAGCGAGCUCCCACUGAAGGCUCCGGCUGAUUCUGUUUCUGAGGGAGAUAUGAGUGUUUGCAGCAGGGCUUCUCCAGCUGCUAACGAGGCAGACAGUAACUUGCCUACUUCGACUGUGCCAGAAAAAGACACACAAGCUGAAGAACUCCCAGCAGUGCAUCAGCCUCGAGAUCUUCUUUCCACUUCCUCAAUCAAGGACUUCCCUCCUAAACAGAGCUUCCUCGCUCGAUCUGAAAUUACGAAGAGCACAUCAACUCUGUCCUCCACAGGAAGCUCCUCAACUGAGCACUGGCUCACAGGCCUGCCGUCAUCCUUCAGUGAGAUGAUUACCAGUCAAAUAAAAGUGCCUGCUGAGGAUGCUUGCUCCAGAUCUGCCUUAGAAAAUGCAUCUCUUCCUAGUGCAAAGCCAGAGGAGGAUGAGACUGAUAGUGAUUCUGAAUUGGUGAAAGGGAUGGGUGAAUCAGAGGAGGAGCCCAUAAUAAGACAGGACAGCAAUAAGACUCUGCUUGUAUCGCUGCUCCGGUUGCCCAUCUCAGGAUCAUCUCUGUCACAAUUUCGAAUUGUUCCCAGUAGCCAAAAGGCUGAAAUUUUGCUUCAAGAGAUUGAUGAAAAUCAGUCAGUCCGGAGAUGCCUCAAGAUCGUUGCACCCCCAGCUGCUGCUGCUGCUGCUUCACCCUCACACUCCUGCAGUUCUGAGUGUUCCCUGCAGGCUGAUGUACUGGACUGUGCUGUGUGCGUCUCUGCCGGAGCCUCACUACAGUGUGCAGAAUGUGACCGAAGCUUUCAUACCAGCUGCCAUGUGCCACCAAUCCUUUUCGAUCCCAUUGCGACGUGGGUAUGCUCCAUGUGCCAGGAUGUGUUGGAUGAUGCUGACCCAUUCAGUUGCGAUAGACUUAAGGAACCGUACCUAAAUCUGUCGGACCAGAGGAGGUGUGAACAACUUUUGCUUAGUCUAAUGUGUGAGAAGCAUAGCUACCUGCUCUACAAAACUUUUAAGCAAACUGCAGGAUGUGUGGAAUUUAACUUAAUUGUUGGACGGCUGCUGGGGAAAUGUAACCCUCCAUACCGCUCAGCAGCUGAAAUGGUGUCGGACCUCUGGGCUCUUUUUGACAACUUAUCAAACUCUAAGAAGAAAGAUUUGGUUGUUGCGCUCCAGAGCUCAUUCCAGCAGCGACUGAAUGCAUCAUUUGGGAAAAGCCUCCAUGCUUCUCUUCUGAGACCUCUGAGCAGCCAAGACCAGAUGGGGGCACCAGAGACUGAUCGAGAAAAAACCAAAACUACUCUGAAGAGGAUGAGGGAGUUUUUAGCUGCAAAUUGUACUCCAGCGGCAAAGAAAGCCCAUAGUGAGAAUAUGUAAAGGACCUGCAGCAUUUUGCAAAGAUAAGACGAUUAGCUGUUUACAAAGACAUCUGUACAUUCCUGUAUUUUGUAUUUCAGUUGUAUUUAUGUACGUAUUUUCUGUAAACAAAUACAAGAAUGUGCUUUAUUUCACAGAGUGGCUUUAUUACCGUGGGUUGGUGGGAAAAGGAUUGUUUGAUUUGCUGCAGAAGAGCCUGUUUCUAUGUCUAGCAGCAUUUCUAAGCAAAUCAUUAUGUACCACUUGACAGGUUGAAUGUAGGCCAUAUGUGUACUGAUGUGUUUAUUUCAAGCUUUCUGGGCAGAAAAGUGUGGAAUUUUUUUGUCAAAAUUCAGUAAUUAAAUAAAAAAAAUUUCUUGCUAAA